AGCACAACAUGAACUUCUCUCAGAACGUAAACUACACUUUGCAGAGGAAAAUUUCCGAAAGCAUUGUUCCACCAGUACUCCAAUGCUUAUUUGGUAUUUUAGGCAAUUUAAUUGCGAUUGUUUUGCUGUGCGUGUCUUCGAGAAGACAUCGGUGGAGACCUUUCCACAGAUUUGUUUGUGGAUUAGCAGUGACAGACCUAUGUGGCAUAGUAUUUGUAUACCCUGCCGUUAUAGUUCGCUACGCAUCUGGAUUUACAUAUGAUUACCCAAAAGAAUUGUGUGAAUUUAUUUCUUUUGUUUUCAGCUUUUCGUUCAUGUCCUCAGCUUUGAUAGUGAGUGGAAUGUCCUUCGACCGAUUUUUGGCAAUUGUCUACCCCCAUAUUUACAAGCAUUCUCCAAACACCAGAGCCAAUGCUAUAUUGUUUUCAAUCUGGCUCUUCACGGCUAUAAUUUCUUCCUUAAACCUGAUGGGGCUAGGAUCCGUCAAAAACUUUUAUCCUGGGUCAUGGUGUUUUAUUGACUUUGCAAGCAGUGAUUUUUUGGAUAGGCUUAAUACUUACAUUUAUUCCGUUGUUGGGUUAAUUGUUAUGGCUGUUACUUCUUUCCUGAACAUUGCAGUCGUAGUCUCCAUAUGCAGGAGGCCCAGAGUUUCAUCAGACAUGCGUAAAGGAAGGAGGAAUGAGAUAUUCGUUAUUUCUUUUCUGUUUUCUAUUGUGACUUUGUUUUCGAUUUGCUGGAUACCUUUAAUGGUCCGAAUGCUGAUAAAUGCUAGUGCCAGUAAUCCAAAGAACGGACCAGAGGAGUUACUAGCUGUUCGAAUGACCAUCACCAACGCCAUUAUAGAUCCAUGGAUUUACAUCAUACUGCGCAAAGAAAAUCUCGUCAAAAUGUCGCAUUUGCAAGAGAGAUUGAAUAAUUGCUUACGACUGAGAACAGUAUAUAUUACCACAGAAUCCAUACCUGCUAAAGACGAAUCAAAUAUGAUGGAAAGUUCAGCGACAAACGCUGCUACAUGUUCUACGGAGUUAUAAACUGUAUCAAACUUA